GGCAUUCAAAUACUUACAUUGAACAGCUUCAAGUAGUUGGGAAAUUACCCAAUAGGCUUUGCGCUUCCUUUCGCCAUUUUGCACCAAAGGUUUCCACCAUGGUGAAGCGGCUGACAUACAGGCGGCGACUGUCGUACAACACGAAGUCGAACCGCAGGCGCAUUUCGAAGACUCCAGGUGGCAAACUGGUGUAUCUGUACACCAAGAAGAAGGGCAGCCAACCUAGAUGUGGUGACAGCAAAGUAAAGCUGUUUGGGGUGAAGGCACCAAGACCCAAGAAGCUGAUGUCCAUGUCCCGUAGACUCAAGCAUGUCACCAGGGCUUACGGCGGCUGUUUGUCUGGGAAAGCUGUCCGUGAAAGGAUUGUCCGUGCUUUCCUGAUUGAGGAACAGAAGAUCGUGGUGAGAGUGCUGAAGGCACAGGCUCAGUCACAGAAACCGGGCAAGGCCAAGUAAACAGGACAACAACAUGUAGACAAUAAACACCACAAACAAA